AUGGCAACGCCCACCACCCCCAACACCCACCACUACCCGCCCCGCCCCACCUCCCUCACCCACGCCCACUCGUAUCCCAAACCGCUGGGCCCUCCACCCGUCCCGUCGCCCUCACGCUCGCACACUUUUCUGCAACACAGGACGUCGAGUCUGCGUGAUCCACCAAAGGGCGCGACGGGUUCGCCGGACGUUGGAGAGCGGGAAGGGGAGAAUCAGCGGCAACUGUCGCAUCAACCGCCGACGCCGGUGACCGCCAAUUCGACUGUUGGUAAACCCGCCCAGCCUGUCAAGGUCGCCAGGGGGAGAAGAAAGAAGGACGCUCAGGAGAAUGCGGAGGAGGAUGAUGCACAAGGGGGCAAGAGACGGAAAUUGACGAAACCGAAACCUUCGCCUUUGACUGUACAGCCGCCCGACUCGCAUUCGCCUUCCAAAGACUCGGGUCCCAGCACGGGCGAGUCGUCUGUAAGUGUUGGGCGAAGCGUGGCUUCGGGAGGGUUGCAGCAGCAGCAGCAAGGGCUGCCGAAACCGAUGGGGUUUGCUGCUGCGAGAGAAGCGAGGAGAGAAGAGGGGUAUGAUGUGUAUGGGAUGGUACCGAGCCCGGUAGUCAUGGGGUUUGAUUUCAAGUCGGUCGAGGGGGAGCAGCUGAAGACUGUGCGAGAGAGUCUGUCAAUCAAGGAGCAGCAACAGGCUCUGAUAGCUGCUCGUCGUAGAGAAGCAGAAGUUGCUGCCAACAGCAACCCUUCGACCCCCCGUGAUCCGUCCAUGGUGCCCGCCCAUCCGCAAAAGACUGGUCCAGACCCGUCGAUGACUUUGGCGGUGCCGACAAGUGGAAGUGUGGGGAAGAGAAGGGAGAAGGUAAAGGACAAGGUGGACAAGAUGACAAUCGUGACGGGGACGGCGGGAAAGGAUGCAGUCCCAGGUUCUCGAAGCGCACCACUGAACCAAAACCUUGCCAUCCAACAAUCCGUCCCUCGCGACAUUCCCUCCGGUUCCCGGACCGCCCUCCCGCCAAACGCACUCCCUUCAUUCUCCUCUUCCUUCCAACACUUUUCCACCGACCCGCGUACCGCACCCAUCUCGCAUGCGAGAGGGAACGGAAUGCAAGAUAGGGGAGAAGGAGCAGAGUUUGCGAGACAGCAGGGAUAUUAUUGGAGGUUGGAUGGUGGGAGAGGGCCUGGUCAUGCGAAUGGGGCGAAUGGGUCGGGGUCGAGACCGUCGGUGGUGCCGGAUGAAGGGAGGCGCAAUUUUACAGUGCCCAGUAUCGCCCUGCCGAGGCUGGAGGGCCAGAUGUCGCCUGUAAAGUCGCGCAACACCAGCGGCGCUCCGCAUUCAGUCCCCAUCUCCCGCAAUCACUCGCACCAAUCCAUAUCCCAUUCCCAGAGCACCUCUCCCCGAUCUCAACCCCCACCUCCAGCCGCGCCCAUACCCUCGCGCGAAGCCUUCCUCAACCCAUUCGCAUCCCUCUACGAUUCCUUAUCCCAAACUACCCACUUGCAAAGUACUCUCAAUUCUUUGCUGCACUCUUCCGAGAACCUCACGGCUCAACAGGCGAGGCAGAUGGAAGAGUUCAAGAGUACAAUGUCGAUGGCCAACGGUUUAUUGGGGAGCUUGCAGAGUAGUGCGGAUUCGUUGAGAGAGAUGGUGAGAUAUGAAGUGGAGAGGCGAGGGAGGGAGGAUAGGAGAGAGAUGGAGGAGAUGAAGGAGAGGCUGAGAAGGUUGGAAGAGGAGAGACGAUAGACGACAGGCGAUGUUUAAUCGACGAUUGUUGACGAUUCUCAUGGGUGAUCAUUAUGUGUACGACUGCCCCCCGCAUCUUGUUAGAAAGUGUAUCAUAUAUUUAUAUGGAUUAGUUGAGC